AUGAGUCAACAAGUAUCAGCUAAAGAUCUCUUGACUGUCCUCUGUCUGAGGAAACUGAAACAUGAAAAGCUUGCAGCCAUUACAACUUUUAAGACAGUAGUCAAAAGAGCAUUCAUUGAUAUGAAAGAAGUUGAUGGAUAUUUUGAAGCACUUCUUGAAGGUUCGAAUGAUCCAGAUCCUGAAAUCAAAAGUAAUAGUUUUAAUACUCUAUGCCAUUUGAUAAGAAGAGUAGGCAUGCAAGAUGACAACGAUUUGGUUUUACUGGAGAAGAGUCAAAUUGUAUUGCCAGUUAUAUUACUACGAUUGAGUCUGUCAAAGGAAAGUAACAGAAGAGCAGCAUGUAAAAUUUUAGAAACUUAUUGGCUAUGUACUCCUCGUGCAGUUGAGAGAGCACUAUUGAAGUCUUUGGAAUCCAUUUCAGCCUCAAACAGCACUUAUAGUACUUCUAAAGGACUUGCAUUGAUUAAUGGAUUAUCAUUUCUUGUGGUUUCUCUUGGUUCUAAAUUCCCUUUGCAUCAGUAUUUCCAUGGCCUUAUAAAUUUUUUAACCAAAAGCCUGGAAACAUACGAUUUACCUAUUUCAGACUUACUUCAAACAUACUUUCAAAUCGAUUCUUCUCGGUCUGAUAUAUUUAUCAAAUUACUUGAAACAAAUAUGAUGCCGUCAUAUUACAAAGCUAAGCUUAUUUCAAAAUGCAUUCCAAAUUAUAUUUCUGAGAUAAAUAAACCUCGUAAAUCAGAAUUUCAUCAACAAUCUGAGUCACAUUCCAUAAAUCCAGCCAAUCCAAGAGUUAUGACACAAUUUUCAAGACUGAAUUCUACUGGAAGAGUUAAUUCCCUUAAAUCUCAAAAAGAUUUCCAAUCACUAUCCUAUUCUAAAAUAGAUACGUUAAGGAAACCUCGCCCGGAUUUUACAUCUGGUGGCCACUCGAGAUUACACACUGUGUCCUCAUCAAUGUCUAAUAGAUCAAAUUCUCCAGAUGUUUCCGAGGUUGAACAUUCCAUUUCGGAUGACCUCAAAUCAUUUGUUCCUGAACAAACAUAUACUGUUAGUAUGCCCAGUGAACCUUUAGAUAUUUCUCUGGCUGAUGAUUUAUAUCGAAUAGAAGGUGAAUUGGCUUCCUGCUUUGAGGGCAAAGAAACAGAGAGAAAUUGGCAACAAAGAGAGCAUGCAAUUAAUAAAUGGAGAUCUUUAAUUAGAGGAAACGCGUGUUCCUUUGUCGAUGAUUUGAUUCAAAUAUUUGGUAAUGAAGCAGAUGGAAUUUGUAAAGGGAUUCUUUCUCUUCGAACUUCCUUGAGUAACCAUAGUUGCUACUUAGUGAAAGAGUUGGCUAUUUUUUUGAAAGAUGAGUUUGAUUCUUUAUAUGAUGCAUUCAUACCUACAUUGCUCAAACAAUGUGCCACAUCCAAGAAUAUUACUACCACAAAUGCCAAUCACACUAUGUGUGCAAUAUUUAUGAAUUGUGCUUUCAGUCAUAAAUUCUUGACAAAAGUCCAAGCAGCAUCUUUUGAUAAGAAUGUUAAUCCUCGAACCUAUUCUGGCUUAUGGUUGAGAAUAUUUCUAACCCGUUUCCAUAAACAUCCAGGAUUUCUCAAUCCUCAUGGACCAAAUUCCCUAACAGGGGUUGAUGUCACCAUGAAGACGAUUACUAAAUUACUCAAAGACCCUAAUCCUCUGGUAAGGACUUCUGGUAAAGAAUGCUUUUGGACUUUCUGCAAAUAUUUCCCUAAUCAGGCAGAUGAAUUAUUAUCUACUUUAGACUCAAACAUUGUUAAGGCAAUUGGAAGAUCUAAGGAUUCGACAGCUCCCGAACUUCCUUCAAUUAAUAACCACAUGAAUAAGGGAUCUCAACAAUCAAUGAGGGAGAUUAUUGCCGCAAAACGGAAAGAAACUCGAAGUGCUUCUCCUUUAUAUGCGACAACUUCAACAACAAAAGCAGUAACAAGAUCUCUCUCCAUACCUAGUACAACGCAACAAAAUAGAUUCGAGACUCAGAAACUUGUGUCUGCUAAAUUGGGCCCUCCAAGAAGAAUUUCUCAAGCUUCAAGUUCAGAUACACACCAGAAUCCACAUCAAAUUGCACAAACACUUCAUUCUGAGCCAGUAUCUAGUUCAAACUUCCCAAGUUCGCUGGAAUUUAAUAAACCAAAGGUCUUGGAAGAACAUACCAAAGUAAACGAAAUACUGUUUGAGAAAGAGGCUGAUCCAAUAUUGAAGUUUCUCGCUUCAAGUGAUGAAGAAUUAAUUAAUGAAGGUAUAAGUCUAUUGAAGUUCGCCAUAAAAGGUAAUGAAGAUUUAUCUGAAGAGUUAAAUAACUUGUUAACAGUGAUUUCAGUUAAAAAUGCUAAACUUUUAAAGCCCUUGUUCUGUGACUCCAAUGUGAUUCUCGAAAGAUGCUCUCAGUUUUUUAGUUCAAAAGAUUAUUUAAGAAUAUGUUGUCUUUUACUUCAUCCCUUUGAAAGCUACCACAUUGAAGCCAUAAGUAAAGCAAUUGAAGUCAGUGAGCUUUUCGAUGGAAUUAAGCAUUUAUUCAUCAUGCUCGUGAGCUAUAUUGAUAUGGAAGAUAGUGACUUGGUUAUCCAGAUUAUUUCAUUCAAAUCCGUAUUAGCUGAAUCUCUGAUAGAAUUGUUAACAUCGUUACUUGAGAGAUUUCCUGUUACUGAUGAACAAUUCCGAGGACUAUCGGCGAUUUUGAUUAAGUUUCAAGGCUUUAUUUUGGACACUGAUAUUUAUCCUUCUUAUUCGAAAUUAAUGGUUUUACUUAAAACCAUAAAUCAAAAAAUUCUCAGAGAAGAACUAGAUCAAGUAUCAAAUACGGAGAAGUCAAAACUUGAAGAGAUUUUAGGAAAUUCAACUACUAUCAGGGAUAUACCUAGUUUAUCGGAAGAAAUCACAAGAGUCAAUGUGCCAACAAUGAUAGCUGAUUUGUCUCCUGUCAAAGUUACCGAAUUAACUAGAAUUUUAGUUCCAAAUAGUGUGAAGAUGUAUUUGAAAGAUUCUGAACUGGAGAAACCCUCCAAUAAUUCUAAUGUUGAGAAUAUGGAAAUUGAACAUCAUACAAGCAUUCAUUCUACGGAAAGUACACAUGAAAUCCAUGCUAUUGCAAAUGAUAGAAAGACAUUAAUUGGAGAGCAUCUGCCAUUUAUCAGUGAAAAGGAACAGGAUUAUAAUAUGGAUGAUAUUGCGCAAGAAAUUUCCAAUUCAAAUUAUUCAAUGGAUAAGGACCAAGAUGAAUAUAUACACAUCAGAAGUCCUGAGAAUGAUAAUGCUGAGAACAAUUGUAUGUCAAAAAGUUCAAACAUAUCCUUAGAACAACAACACGAAGAAGAUGAUAGCGAUGAUGAAUUGGAAGAUCAACCAGAUCUUGUUGAAGAUUUUACAAAAGUACAUAUUUCUCCCAUCAAAGUGAAUGCUUCAGAAAGCCUGCUGUCACCAAGGAAGAUUUCUCCCUUAGAUAAUUUUAUUGAAAGAGUUGAUCCGCUUAAUAAAUUGGCAAGCAAGAACAAACCCAUACCUAUUUUUGAAGAUACAGAAUCUUCAUCAACACUUAUGAAAUCCAAGCAACACAGUUUCACCGACCUCAGAUGGUAUAAUCUUCAAAUGGCCAAGUUAACCUUUAAUAGUUUUGCAUUAGAUGAGAUUGAAAAGAAUGAUUUGAGUGUUGAAAGGUUUAAGGGGUUGUGUGAAGCAUUAACCAUGAAGAAUAUAAGUGGGAAGCAAAUAUUGAUUUUGUUAAACUACAUGCAAGAUGCUAGUACAUUGGGUGAUUUCAAUGAAUACUUUAGAGCCAGUGGUAAAUCGCAAUUGGCUAGGAGUUUAUUCAAAUUCUUAGAGUCACCAAGAGAUUUACCAUUAGCCAAGAUUCAAAGUGGUUUAAUUAUUAUCAAGCUGUUAUUAAUUCAUGGACAUGCCAUUGAACUUGAACGAUUAUGGUAUGUUUUAUUGCUGGUUUCCACCAGAACCAAAUCAGCAUGUUGUGAAUUAACUGUGGCAUUAAAUGAAGUGUUCGACGAAAUGCUUGAAAAUAAUAAAUAUAAUGAAUUGGAUCUUUUUAGCUGUCUAGUGGGAUCUAUUCAGAAUUCAGAAUAUGGUGACUUCACCACUAUAUUCAUUUUGGAAUCGUUAUCUAAAGUAUUAGAUUCAAAUACUUUCAAUAAAAACGUCACUGAGAGUUUGAUUAUUACUAUAGAUCAAGCAUUAAGACGGUAUUUAAGUCAUAGAAUGGUUGACAUCAGAAGGCUUGCAAUUGUUUUCUAUGCCAAGCUAAUAAGAUUGGCCAUAGCUUUGAAAGGGAAUGGAGAUCAAAGUCCGCUUGGUAUAAUGAAUUCUAUCUUACCCCAGCUUACAUUUACAGAGAGGAAAUUGGUAGAAUAUUAUAGUGGUUAA